AUCGUGGAAUGACCCGGUCCUGGCUUUUCGUAUGACAUUGCCAUUGCCAUGGACUGACAAACUUUUUUCUUACUUCUCGCCUCUCCUCACAUGGUCAAUAUGGAGUCUCCACGUCCAUCCGACGUCGGUCUAAAGGGGAGUCAUUCAUAUACGGCGGGCCCUACAAAGCACAGCUCAGUCCCUUCUCUUCACUCACACCCUCAUACUCAUUCAUCCUCUCUGAACUUCUCAUCGAGUUCAUCAAAGAAACAGUCUGUGUGACAAUGGGAGACUAAGCUACACUCACCAAAACAACAAUGACAUCCUCCAUCACCCCCGCGGCCUCCACCGCCAGCAAAAACAAGGACAAGCCCCAAGGCCCUGAGGACAACAACAUCCUCGCCUCCCCCAUCGACGAUUCCACCAGUGAGAAAAUGGUCGGCGAAGUAACCGAGUUCGAGAAGCGCAAGAUCCUCGACGGAAAGGCCAAGUUCUCCCGUCUCGGCUGGAAACGCCUCACCAUCGUCCUCAUCGUCCAGGCCAUCGCGCUCGGCUCGCUCUCCAUCCCCGGCGCCUUCGCGACGCUGGGCAUGGUCGCGGGCGUUAUCUGCUCGGUUGGCAUUGGGCUCAUUGCGAUUUACACGUCCUAUAUCGUUGGGCAGGUCAAGGUGAGGUAUCCGCAUGUCGAGCACUAUCCUGCUGCGGGAGGACUCAUGUUUGGACGAUGGGGUGCUGAGGCUUUUGGGGUCAUGGUUACGCUGCAGUUGCUGCUGCUUACGGCUUCGCAUUGCUUGACGGGGACUAUUGCCUUUGCGACUUUGACUGAGAGUAAUAUCUGCAGUCUUGUCUGGGGUGUCAUCUCUGCUGUCCUGCUGCUGCUUCUUGCUGUGCCUCCUAGUUUUGCAGAGGUUGCUAUUCUGGGCUAUAUCGAUUUCGCGUCAAUCAUUGCAGCUAUUGGAGUCACCAUUAUCGCGACUGGUAUUCGAGCUUCCGAUGCGCCUGAACCAGCCAACUGGUCUGCCUGGCCCAAGCCUGAUGUCACAUUUGCUCAGGCCUUUAUUGCGCUUUGCAACAUCUUCUUCGCAUACAGCUUCUCCAUCUCGCAGUUCAGCUUCAUGGAUGAAAUGCACACGCCUACCGACUAUAUGAAGGCUAUUUGGACGCUCGGCGGUAUCGAGAUUGUUAUCUAUACCCUCACCGGCGCUCUCAUCUACUCCUUCGUUGGUGUCGAUGUCAAAUCUCCAGCUUUGCUGUCUGCAGGCCACACCGUUGCCAAAGUUGCUUUUGGCGUCGCUUUGCCAGUUAUUUUCAUCAGCGGCUCGAUCAACACGACGGUCGCUGUACGCUACAUCCACGGUCGCAUCUAUGAGAAUUCGAUCGCCAAGUAUGUCAAUACCCCUAAGGGCUGGAUUUCUUGGCUUCUUCUCAUCAGCAUCUUCACUUGGAUUGGCUUUGUCAUUGCAGAAGCUAUUCCCUUCUUCAGCGACUUGAUCGCAAUCACAUCCAGUUUGCUGAACUCGGGCUUCACUCUGUACUGGCCCGCAGUGAUGUGGUUCAUGCUUUUGCGAGAAGGAAAAUGGUACAGCAAGAAGAACAUACUUUCGAGCGUUGUCAACGCCAUCAUCUUCAUCAUGGGUCUUGUCUUCUUGGUUGCUGGAACCUACUCCGCUGUCAUCGAUAUCAUCGACCAGUAUGAUAACGGAACUGUCAAGAACGCGUUCACUUGUGCUCCUCUUGGCUAAGACCAUCACACACAUGGUGAGUGGUCAGACACAGCCGGUGACGGGGUCGAGUCCAGUCACCGAACUUUGGGAUAUUACAUGUCACACAUAUGUCCAUAUCCCACAUAAUACAACACCAAAACACCAUCGUAGGGGCCAUGCGUAAACGUAGGCGUGACAUAUACUUCGUAAACAAGCACUACUUCUCUUAGCAUGCUCGCUUUAAACAUGUUACUGCUCUAUGUGGUAUGCGAAACGCGUGCGAUCUUGCAUGCGCCCAUGACCAUGGACUCAACCCUGGUCAUGGCUGGUACAUUGCUCCAUGUCACAUGAGCAUUGUGGCAUGGAUAUAGUAACUUGUAGCGCAAAGAUCACCGACCAUGGUUCGCAGAUGGUGAUGAUGCUUCGGUUUUGGUAUAUGCUCCUCUUUAUCUUAGCAGUCUAUCGUUCUAGAUGAACCAAUACAUCUGUUCUUUUCACAGCUUAGCCUGCUCAGCUCUUGUCAACUUCCUCAAAGGUGGACCGCCUCGACUGCCGUCACCCUGUUUCACCAUAUCC